UAUGUGCGAGGCCCUAGGCCGAAGGUCGAGCUGCCAGAGUCCAAGCCAUGGCUUCAAUUCAGCAUAAGACGCCAUGGACAGGUGCUGAGUCUCCCUCUCGAGACUCAUCUAAUCCGCGCGACACACCCGCUCACCUCCCCAUGGAUUCUACUUAUUUUGGGAGCAGCCUGGAUCAUCGGCAUGGCAUUCUUCUCCCGCGCACAGUCUUUCCAAACACCGGCAGACUCUUUCAUCUCAUGCACAUCCACAUACUGGGCAGCCAACAAUGGAUGUGGAUUAGAUGGAUCGUCCUGUGCCCCGUUCGAAAAUUCAACUUUCAAUUUUCGGUGUCCGGCGCAGUGCGCUCCUGUCGUCCUACAAAACCCUAGGACGGUAGGCAACGAACAGAUCGUUUUCAAGCCCCUGAUCGUUGGAGGCGGUGAUGACGAUGAGACGUAUCGAGGGGACAGUUUUAUCUGCGCUGCAGCUCUACAAGCCGGCUUGAUCAGCAAUUCUAGGGGAGGCUGUGGUACCGUCAACCUCGUCGGAAGCUACACAAAUUUCUUACCUCGCACGGCCAACGGCUUGAGCUCCAUCGGCUUUCCUUCGGUAUUCCCACUGUCCUAUCGUUUCUCAGAAUCCCCUCCAUUUGCGCACUGCUCCGACAUGCGCAACGAAGCGCUCGUUAUGAAUGUCAUCGUCACCACGAUCCUAUUUAUGGCCUUGCGACCAAAGCCUAUCAUUCUUUUCUGGUGCUUGGUCUGCAUCGGUUACUGGCACAUCACACUAUUUUCGCAACCUCGCAGCAACCCGCCCGAUCUCGCUGACGGGUUUGGCACAUUCCUUCCCACACUAUUCAUCUGUUAUGCACUCUGGCGCUUAGCGAUCCGCUUUGUUUUGCCUGUAUUCGCGACCAAGAUGCCUCUAGAGGGCGCGGUUUGGUUCCUUGGGCCGUAUUGGGUCACGGUACUCACCAAUCUGACCACGGACAAGAUUCCCAUUGACCGCUUGACUGCUGCUGACAUCAAAGCACAACCAGGCGGUUUGAUAGCUUUGAUCAUCAUCAUCGUUGUUUUACUUGUAAUCGUCAUCAAUCAAGUACGCGUCAUACGAAAGACCGGCUGGUUGCCGUACUAUCUUGGCUGGUACAUCCUUGGCGGACUUGUGACACUCGUGCUGGCCUUACUCCCGACAUUGAAUCUUCGGAUUCAUCACUACUUUUUGGCGAUGGUCUUGAUGCCCGGAACGGCAUUCCCCACCAGAUUAUCUGCCCUAUAUCAGGGAUUUUUAUUAGGAAUGUUUCUCAAUGGCGCAGCUGCUUGGGGCUUCGACUCCAUUCUACAAACCGCGGCGCAGCUUAUACGAGAUGCGCCUUUGGGCACCGAUCUUCCAUCGUUUGCCACCAACUCAUCCACCUUCAACGCAUCGAUGUCUUUGCAAAACCAGACCAUCUUUUGGUCGGCUCUGCCAAGUGGCGAAGGCUGGGAUGGUUUCUCGCUCCUCGUAGAUGACGUGGAGCGUUAUGUUGGGGUCGCUUUGAACUACUCCUUAGCAAGCUUACAACUCGGCAUACCCCAUUUCUUCCGGAUAGCCUUUACAGAUUCUGGGGCAGUGGGGGAUUAUACGAUGCCUGCGACUCUAUGGCCAAAUGGGACGUGGACGGACCCACUCCCCGGGCCUUCAUGAACAGUCUACUGCCGGAAUAUUUAUAAGUUUUGGACAUAUUGUCGUACUUAGGUACAAUGUAGCUGUUGAUAAUGG